UUGUUAUUAUCUGCGACAGAUGUACAGUAAUAUUCAAAGGUAAUCGGUAACACCUUCAGGACUUUACCUUGACUUUUUUUUUUUAACAAGUCGGCAAGAGCGCUGCCAAAUCAUUUAAGAAGAAGAAGGAGAAGCAUCAGCACAGUUUUACGUUGAGUUAUAUAUGCAGUAGCAGUAAGGGCGUAUGGCCACUGAACGGACCGCAUUCUUGCUCCACGCUCUCAAGAGUCUAGGCUCUCACCAUGAACCAAGAGAUCCAACUAACGAAGCAGCCAUCGCAGCGCCAACAGCAACAAGAACAGCAGCAGCAGCAGCAACGGGAGCAAGCCGGUGGUGAUGCCGGCCGCCACCACCGGAGCAAGCUCACCGUCCUCCCGCUCGUCUUCCUCAUCUACUUCGAGGUGGCCGGCGGUCCGUACGGCUCCGAGCGUGCGGUCCGCGCGGCGGGGCCACUCUUCACGCUCCUCGGCUUCCUCGUCUUCCCCUUCUUGUGGGGCGUCCCGGAGUCGCUCGUCACCGCCGAGCUCUCCGCCGCGCUCCCGGGGGACGGCGGCUUCGUCCGGUGGGCCGACCGCGCCUUCGGCCCGCUGGCCGGCUCGCUGCUCGGCACGUGGAAGUACCUCAGCUGCGUCAUCAACAUCGCCGCCUACCCGGCGCUCGUCGCCGACUACCUCGGCCAGGUCAUCCCCGCCGUGGCCGGUCCGGGCAGGGCGCGCACGGGCACGGUGGUCGGCAUGACGGUGCUCCUGUCGUUCGUGAACUACACCGGCCUGAGCAUCGUCGGGUGGGGCGCGGUGGCGCUCGGGUUCGUGUCCCUGGCGCCGUUCGUGCUCAUGACGGGGAUCGCGGUGCCCAAGAUGCGGCCGCGGCGGUGGGCGGUGCAGGUGACGGGGAGGAGGAAGGACUGGCGGCUCUUCUUCAACACGCUGUUCUGGAACCUCAACUACUGGGACAGCGCCAGCACGAUGGCCGGCGAGAUGGAGCGGCCGGAGCGGACGUUCCCGCUGGCGCUGGCGCUGGCCGUGGUGCUGAUCGCCGCCAGCUACCUGCUGCCGCUCAUGGCGGCGACCGGCGCCACGGACGCGCCGCCGGAGACGUGGGAGAACGGCUACCUAGCCGAUGCUGCCGGCAUCAUCGGUGGGUCAUGGCUCAAGUACUGGAUCGAGGCCGGCGCGGUGUUGUCGUCGAUCGGCAUGUUCGAGGCCCAGCUGAGCAGCGGCGCGUACCAGCUGCUGGGCAUGGCGGACCUGGGCCUCCUCCCGGCCGCCUUCGCCCGCCGCGCCACCCGCUUCCGCACCCCGUGGGUCGCCGUCGCCGCCUCCUCCGCCGUCACCCUCGGCGUCUCCUUCCUGGCGUUCGACGACGUCGUGGCCACCGCCAACUUCCUCUACGGCCUGGGCACGCUGCUCGAGUUCGCCGCCUUCCUGUGGCUCCGCGCCAGGCGGCCCGAGCUGAAGCGGCCCUACCGCGUGCCGCUCCCGCUUCCCGCGCUGGCGGCCAUGUGCGCCGUGCCGUCGGCGUUCCUGGCGUACGUGUGCGCGGUGGCCGGGUGGAGGGUGCUCGCGCUUGCCGGCGCGCUCACGGCGCUGGGCGUCUGCCUGCACGGCGCGAUGAAGCUGUGCAGGUCCAGGGAGUGGCUCAGGUUCAACACCGCCAUGGUUGCCGUUGCCGCCGAGAAAGAUCGCCGAGGGGACGCGCCUGCCGGAGACCGGGUGUGAAUAAACUGUCACUCCCCCGGCGUUCAUGGGUUCAGAUCCAGCAGUUCUUCUCUCAUGGUGUGUUGCGAGUUGUUCUGCUGUAGAUUUGUUGUAAGUUGUACGAUAAAAAAUGUGUCGCAACUCGCAACCACAUGCAUUGCGCAGCAUGUUGUACUAUAGUUCAGCCCCUGUUUCCGUGCAAGGCUGAAACCUGGGUUCCCAUCGAUCCAAGCCUGUAUAUUCUCCAAAUUAUGUAAGGAGUGAAAUGCACGGUCAUUUAUCAAACUUGACUUGUAGUA